AAGAAAUGGCAGACAUAGGCAAAGGAACUUCAGUCGCUGGCUGCAACGAUCGCUGUGGUUGCCCUUCUCCCUGUCCAGGUGGAGAAUCCUGCAGGUGCAGGAUGAGCGCAGCAUCUGCUGGGGAUCAAGGACACAACAUGUGCCCGUGUGGGGAGCACUGCGACUGCAACCCUUGCACCUGCUCCAAGACCCAGACCUCCGCUAAGGGCAGCAAGGCCUUUUGCACCUGUGGAGAGGGUUGCACCUGCGCCACUUGCGCCGCUUAGACCAUGUUUAUAGCAUACUUGUAUAAUAGGUACGAUCUACUCGAUUAGGUCCCAGUCUCUGGAAUAAAACUGUGUUUACAAGGGUUUAAAUACACCAAAUAAUAUCG